CCUUGAUACUAAAGGGUUGAAAGAGUCCAGGUAAUAUUUACAGUCUGUGGUCGCGCCCUAAAAAUAAAAAAUUUGAAUUUUCUAAAACUGAUCCAUAAAUCGUAAAGGUACAAAACGUUACAAGUGAAAGUGUGUUGACACGGAUCUUAAAUGUUGCCGAAGAAGAAAAAAAAACCAACUUUGAUUUGACGCAGUAACGUCGGGCUGUCAGCGCGAGGAGCAGGGGGAGGUAAACAAGAUGGCGACAACCUGAAUGGAAAGACUGAAGCCAAAGUGUCGGAACAUUUUACUGACACCCUCGUGAAAACAGUUUUUUUUUCCAACAAGAACCUGCACAAGGGGAGGAAAAAGGUGACGAAAACACAAGUCGACCCGGUUCCAGGCACCGGCCAUUGGCAGCCGCGGGAGGAGGAUGGAGGAGACCUGAGGAGGGGUCGACACAGUCAGUCUACAGGAGCCGGGCUGAUACUGCUGCAUGCGUUUGGCUGUAGAUCUGUGCUUGGAUACAGUCCAACUGUACACACACGUGUUCCCUGAGAAAACUAUGCUAUGAAGCAUGGACCUUUGACAGAGAUGCCUUGCUGCAUGGCCUUGAAACAGGACUGGUUCCCCCCACCUAAGGCUGUAUGGUAAUAAAUGUAUGUAGACGUGAUCUAGAGUAAAGCAGAGAAGGAUUCAAGAUCCAUUUCAUCUGUCAUUUUCUUUAUGUAUCUGCAUACAUAAAAAAAAAACAUUCUAAUUGCACUUGUCACAGAAGUAGAACAAAAUGCAAAGUUUAAGCACCAACUUGGCACUGGACCUCACUGCUUUCCCACCUCUGUUUGCACCAACGGAGUUACCCUAAUGUUUACAAAUUGGGAUCGAUCCUGCACCUUCUCCCUCAACUCUCAGGCUUGAUUCCCACCUUCUCACAUGUUCAGUAUUUUGUAAUUCAACUGUAAUUCAUCUUGAGGAUUUAAAAUUCUCAAAGCAGAGCUGAAAGGUUACCAGUGGAUUACCCUCCAGCAGAAAUCAUAGCUAUUUGCGAACAGUUUUGCACAGAAAGCUAAGCUGUGGCUGUAGAACUAGUCAUGAGUACCGGCGAGCUGCAUCAUCUUGACUAUCUCAAUGAAAAUGAACUGAUGGAGAUGGAUACGUUCAUUCAUCGCAUUGACUCUACUGAGGUCAUCUACCAGCCCCGGAGAAAGAGAGCUAAGCUGAUAGGAAAGUACUUGAUGGGGGACCUGCUGGGGGAAGGAUCUUAUGGCAAAGUGAAGGAGAUGCUGGACUCAGAGACUCUUUGUCGCAGGGCUGUCAAAAUAUUGAAGAAGAAGAAGCUGAGGCGGAUUCCCAAUGGAGAAGCCAAUGUGAAAAAGGAGAUUCAGCUGCUAAGAAGACUCCAACACAAGAAUGUGAUUCAAUUGGUGGAUGUGCUCUAUAAUGAAGAGAAGCAGAAAAUGUAUAUGGUGAUGGAGUAUUGCGUUUGUGGGAUGCAAGAAAUGCUGGACAGCGUCCCAGAAAAAAGGUUUCCAGUAUUUCAAGCUCACGGGUAUUUUUGCCAACUUUUAGAUGGCCUUGAAUAUUUGCACAGCCAGGGAAUAGUUCACAAAGACAUUAAACCAGGGAAUCUGCUGCUGACCACAGACGGCGCACUUAAAAUCUCCGACCUUGGAGUAGCAGAGGCCCUUCACCCAUUUGCAGAGGAUGACACAUGUCGCACCAGUCAGGGCUCUCCGGCCUUCCAGCCUCCAGAGAUCGCCAACGGACUGGACACCUUUUCAGGGUUCAAAGUGGACAUUUGGUCUGCUGGAGUAACACUAUACAACAUUACGACUAGUCUGUAUCCAUUUGAGGGAGACAACAUCUAUAAGCUAUUUGAGAACAUUGGAAAAGGUGACUUCACAAUUCCUGAGGACUGUGGACCCCUCCUGUCGGACCUGCUGCAAGGAAUGCUCGAGUACGACCCUGCAAAGAGGUUUUCCAUACAGAACAUAAGGCAACACAACUGGGUACGUAAGAAACACCCUCCGUCUGAGCCCCCUGUGCCCAUCCCAGCCAGUGCAGAGAGCAGGGAUCCCUGGCGGAGUAUGACGGUGGUGCCCUACCUGGAGGAUCUGCACGGCUACACAGAGGAGGAUGAUGACGAUCUGUACGACGGAGAGGAUGAGAUCAUCUACACUCAGGACUUCACAGUGCCAGGACAAGUGGCCGAAGAAGAUCUGGAUCAAGGGCACGCAGAUCACAGUCCGCCUCUAGCCAAGCCACUUUGUGUUAACGGCACAGAGGGGGGAGGUCUGAACAGCAAGGCCAAAGCCGAGCGUCGAUCCUCGUCUUCAUCCAACCCCUCACGUAAAGGAGUCUCCACAGCCAGCAAGAUCCGCAAGCUCUCCACCUGCAAACAGCAAUGACCUCCUCCCUCCCUCCCUCCCUCGGCAACAUCCCACCUGGUUGAUAUAUCCCCGUCCUUCUGUGUCCAGAGUUCACACAGUUGUGAGAGAAACCUGCUGACGUAAUGCCCCUGUACCUCCUUAGACCGCUGGCCUGCAGAGUCUUAUGAAGAGGCACUAUAAGUGACUGGGAGGAGGAGGACAGCAUGAAAUGUUCUUUUUGCUCUGAGACUGAGGCACUGGCUGUGAAGAUGUUUUUUUUCUCUCUCUCUCUCCCAUACUUUGGCUACUUUCAACUCCUCUGUCAUCCAGUUCUAUAUGCUAGUCCCCCUCUUCAUCUUCUUAGGAGAGUGAAGUGUUGCACAGGACUUUACAGACACCAUCACCCAUGUACCCCACCCAUCCACGUUCCCCUUCCCCCUCUCCCCCAUCUUCUGUUUCUUUGACUUUUGUUUGACGGUAUCCUUAUGGGCAGUUUUAAAGACACAUUGUGAUGUGUACAAAAUUAAAGAGGAAAAAAAGAUGACGAAUGCUAUGAAUAAUUCUAUAUUUAGAUCUGUGAUGAGAAUACUUAUGAGAGUACUCUACCACCAAACGUAAAAAAAAAACUGCAUGCUGUACAGAGCUGGAAGAAAGGGAGAGUACUUGGUUUGUGGACGGACUGACAGACUGAACCUUGAUAUCCCCCUCCUCUGACCUGUUGGGGAUUUUUGAUUUCCAUUUAAGGUUUUUCUUUUUGUCUUUUUUCUUUUCCAAUGAAUAUUUUUUAAUUAUUAUUUAUAAAAAAAGAUGUCCCAAACAGGAUGUUUUGUUGGAUGAUCUUUUCUUUUUAAAUUGAUUUUUUAUUAUCCAUUACACCUAAGUGGUUUAUGUCCUGAUUGAUUACUUUUAUUUACGGUAAAUUUACACGGUUUAGAGGAAACCUACACUUCUUUCUGAGUCAGAACCUAGAAUACAAGAGCUGAUGCUGCUCAGCUGCAGGUGUUGUGUCGUCACAAGCACCCAUUCGCCUGUUUUCCAGUGAUGUUCUUUGUUGUGCCGAUCACAUCAGCAGGAGCCCUGCCUCCCCCCCCCCCCCCCUUACGCAGCCAGGCCUAUCAUCAUCAUCAUCGUCAAGAUCAGAGAGCAGGUGAGUCACAACUCGGAGGGAGGGAGAGCGCAGCACUUAUCACGUCACUAAGGUCGAAAAGAGAGGCUCUCCCUUCAACGAGACACAUGGUGAGGAGGAAAAAUAUAAAGCAACAUUCUUAGUAAAAGAGGAUACUCCUUACUUUCUGUUUUCAUGACAACAUUCAGUAGCUUGUCACACAGUACAAGUUAUUACGUCUGAUAUGACUCACACAACAGCAUAAAAUCAGAGUUAACAGAGUCCCCUCUUUUUCCUCUUCUUUUAUUUUUUUAUUCAGAAAAAUCUUCAGUCCUAAAACAAUUUAUGCCUCAUUUGGUCCCACAAAGUCUAGCCUUUGUAAUGGCCGCAAGACAUUGAAUUUUCUGCAUUACUUGUUUGAGUUCUAAUAAAUCAGAUGGUUGUCCAUGGAUGCGUACAAAGACGCGAGUUUCACAAGAUACACACAUACUGUCGCUCGAAGCCACGUGUGUUUGAGAGGGAAAGGGACAAGCUGUACCUUUUUCAGAUUCCUGUGAGACAAUCUUGACAUGUAGAAACGUGCUUUCAUGUUGAAGAGAGCAGAUUGAUAUAAAUACAGAAUCGUUAAUUACAUCUUUCUAUCCAUACUGGGAUAGAAAGAGAAGGAAAGCUGUGAUUUUGCCAGAUUUCAACACGUUUAAAAAAAAAAAAAAAAA